UGUUUCCCAUUCUCUCGCAGAUGAUGCAGUUUGCCUGGCAGAGCUACAAGCGUUACGCAAUGGGGAAGAACGAGCUCCGGCCCCUCACAAAAGACGGCUACGAGGGCAGCAUGUUCGGAGGUCUCAGCGGGGCAACCAUCAUCGACUCCCUCGACACCCUCCACCUCAUGGAGCUGAAGGAGGAGUUCCAGGAGGCCAAGGCUUGGGUAGAAGAGAGCUUCCACCUGAACGUGAGCGGAGAAGCAUCCUUGUUCGAAGUGAACAUCCGGUACAUCGGAGGACUCCUCUCAGCCUUCUACCUGACGGGAGAGGAGGUGUUCCGAAUAAAGGCCAUCCAGCUGGGGGAGAAACUCCUGCCAGCCUUCAACACCCCCACAGGGAUCCCAAAAGGCGUGGUGAACUUCAAAAGUGGCUCCAACAGGAGCUGGGGCUGGGCCAUGGCAGGGAGCAGCAGCAUCCUGGCAGAGUUUGGAUCCCUGCACUUAGAGUUCUUACACCUCACCGAGCUCUCUGGCAACCAGGUCUUCGCAGAAAAGGUCAGGAAUAUCCGAAAGGUCCUUAGGAAGAUUGACAAGCCCUUCGGCCUCUACCCCAACUUCCUCAGCCCAGUGAGUGGGAACUGGAUGCAACACCACGUCUCGGUUGGAGGACUCGGGGACAGUUUUUAUGAAUAUUUGAUCAAAUCCUGGCUGAUGUCGGCCAAGACAGAUACGGAGGCUAAAGAUAUGUACUACGAAGCUUUGGAGGCAAUAGAGACCCACUUGCUGAAUGUCUCUCCCGGGGGGCUGACCUACAUUGCUGAGUGGCGUGGGGGGAUUCUGGACCACAAGAUGGGGCACCUGGCCUGUUUCUCCGGGGGCAUGAUCGCCCUCGGCGCUGAGGAUGCCAAGGAAGAAAAGAGGGCCCACUACCGAGAGCUCGCGGCCCAGAUCACCAAGACGUGCCACGAAUCGUACGCCCGCUCAGAUACCAAACUGGGGCCUGAGGCCUUCUGGUUCAACUCCGGCAGAGAGGCUGUGGCCACACAGAUGAGUGAGAGCUACUACAUCCUGCGGCCGGAGGUGGUGGAGAGCUACAUGUACCUGUGGCGGCAGACCCACAACCCCAUCUACAGGGAGUGGGGCUGGGAAGUGGUCAUGGCCUUAGAGAAAUACUGUCGGACAGAAGCCGGGUUCUCCGGGAUCCAAGAUGUAUACAGUAAGGUUCCCAACCACGACAACAAGCAGCAGACUUUCUUUCUAGCGGAGACACUAAAGUACCUCUAUCUUCUGUUCUCUGAAGAUGACAUGCUCUCCCUGGAAGACUGGGUGUUCAACACAGAGGCCCACCCACUCCCUGUGAACCACUCAGACAGCUCUGGCAGGGAUGGGGGCUGACCUGACUCCCUGCUGCUCCCUGAGACGCCUUUUCGGGAUUUGGGGCUGUUCUCAAAGGGACUGGGAAUGUGGUCCCCUGCCUGGCCAUCCCAGCAGAUGUAUUGGACAAGCAACUUCUUUUCCUCUGUGAGGAGACAGGACUUGGAGAUGCAGCAAGGCCACGCCAGGCCCAAGCAUUCCUUUCCACAGAGAAUUUCUGUGAAGCCCACUCACUUGCCAUUCCAGGGCCACAGCACCAGAGGUUUGUAUUGCAACCUUGUGUAUUUGAUCCACUUCCUUUCGUUUUGAGGGGUUUUUUUUGGUUUUUGCUUGAUUUGCCUUUUCUCUAUGGUUAUGUUUUAUCACAGAUUAAAAAUAUAGUUUUCAAAAUCAUGCGCUUUCAAAAACAGUAUCAUCCCAAUAAACUAAACCUUAAUGUGUUUGCACACGCACACAAAAUUUUGACCCCAUUUUCUAUAUUUGAAAUUCCUUUUGUCCAACAUUUGUGUCAUUUACCUUAUAAUUUGAGGAGGGGGUCCCCUUUGAUUUGGGCCGAAGUAUUAACAAAUCACUAGUGCUGUUUUCAUUACUAUAAUGGAAAAAUCUGUAAACUUACAAUAAAAGAGUUUAUUGAAUAAG